UAAAAUUAGCCUGGCACGUUUGCAUCAUCUAACGGGAAACGGCGAAACUGUCAAGAAUUCUAGCCCAGAAUGUCAAACGGCAAGUUAGACAAAUCCAGCGUCAUGACCAACGGGUCAGACUCUAGCGGUGAGGAGGAAAAUGCUGAAAGGGGGAACUGGUCAAAUAAACUGGACUUUGUCCUAUCCUGCCUCUCGUAUGCCGUUGGAUUGGGAAAUGUAUGGAGAUUUCCUUAUGUUUGCUACCGCAAUGGUGCAGGGGCUUUCUUGAUACCUUUCCUGAUCAUGUUGUUCAUUACGGGAAUUCCCCUGGUGUUUAUGGAACUCUCUCUGGGGCAGUACGCCAGCGCCGGUGUGGUGAUGGUAUGGAGGGCCUCUCCCAUAUUCAAAGGAGUUGGCUGGGCUAUGUUUGUGGUAUCAGUGUUCAUCUGUAUUUACUACAACAUGAUCAUCGCCUAUACCCUGUACUAUCUCUUCGCCUCACUGGCUGCCAAUCUACCAUGGGCUGAGUGUGGGGAGUGGGCCACUGAAGCGUGUAGUACAGAGAUGAAGUUUAAGAUGCUGAAGUGUCAGCGUACCAAUGGAACCUGGUGUGAUGACCAGUGUGUAAACUCCACUGCUUUAGACUUCUCCACUAUGAACUGUACCUUCUACAAUGGCACUACAAAACUCAAGUCACCAAGCGACGACUAUUUCCAUAAGAGUGUCCUUGACAUCACGGAAGGUAUCCACACCCUGGGGGGUGUGAGGUGGGAGCUUGCUGGCUGUCUCUUACUGGCUUGGGUGUUGGUCUGUAUUUGUCUGGCCAAGGGCAUCAAAACUUCAGGAAAAGCUGUUUACUUCACUGCCUUCUUCCCAUAUGUCGUUUUGUUGAUCUUGUUAAUAAGAGGCCUGACUCUGCCUGGAUCUCUCAAAGGAAUUGUGUACUACGUCACACCACAGUGGGACAAACUAGCCAGGGCACAGGUUUGGGGGGAUGCUGCCGUACAGAUUUUCUUCUCUCUGUCUCCCUGCUGGGGAGGGCUUAUUACCCUGGCUAGUUACAACAAGUUCCAUAACAAUUCUAAAAUGGAUGCCAUUAUUGUGUCUGUACUUGACUCUGUUACCAGUGUCUUUGCUGGCUUGGUGAUUUUCAGCAUCAUUGGUUACAUGGCUGAGGUGUUGGAGCAGCCCAUUGAUAAAGUGGCUACUGAAGGUGCAGGAUUGGCCUUUGUAGCAUACCCUGAUGUAGUGACAAAACUCCCCCUUUCACAAUUGUGGUCUGUGCUUUUCUUUGCUAUGCUAAUCACUCUUGGACUUGGAACUCAGAUUUCCACAGUAACCACAGUGCAUACCACAUUGCUGGAUCAGUUUCCUAACCUUCGUAAAGGUCACAGGAAGACUAUCCUAUUGAUCAUCAUUGCUAUCUUUUGUUUCCUGAUUGGACUCAUCUUCUGUUCUCAGGGUGGAAUGUACAUGCUACAGCUGUUUGAUAAUUAUGCUGCCACCUACUCCCUGUUGUUUAUUGGUAUGGUGGAGUGUAUAGGUAUAUCUUGGGUGUAUGGUGCUGAUAGAUUUUUGACAGACAUUGAGUUGAUGUUAGGGACUCGUCCUAGCAAUAUAUGGAAAUACAGCUGGAAAUUUGUGGCUCCUUUGGCUCUGUUGGGCAUCCUGCUUUUUACAGCGAUUGAUUUUAGCCCCACAGAAUAUAACAAAGAGAAGUUCCCAGGGUGGGCAGAUGGUGUGGGCUGUCUCAUCUCUAUAGCGUCCAUCAUGAUGAUACCCAUUGUGGCAAUAUACAUGCUCUUGAGACGUAGGAGUCAAUUCUCAGGGUCCUUUAUUGAACUAAUCAAGCACCUGUCAAAACCAACAGAAAAAUGGGGUCCUUACAAGAAAGAUCAUCGAGCACAGAGACAGAGAAUGGAUGAUACCUAUAACUACGAGUCACAGAUUCCCCUUAAAGAUCACACCGACAGCCAUAAAGUUUAAUACCUACCAAAACUAGAAAAGGAAAUAAUUUUCUGAGCAAGAAUCCAAAAUAAGGACUUAGGAGAUUAUUUAAGGUGCAGGCAAUCACAAAACAAAUACUAUUGUGAUUUUUUUAGCUCACCUGAGCUGAAAGCUCAAGUGAGCUUUUCUGAUCACAUUUUGUCCGUAGUCCGUCUGUCCGUCCGUCUGUAAACUUUUCACAUUUUCGACUUUUUCUCCAGAACCACUGGGCCAAUUUCAACCAAACUUGCCACAAAGCAUCCUUGGGUGAAGGGGGUUCAAGUUGGUUCAAAUGAAGGGCCAUGCCCUCUUCCAAGGGGAGAUAAUUAAGAAUAAGUGAAAAUUUGGUGUCUUCUUUUAAAAAUCUUCUUCUCAAGAACCACAGGGCCAGAAAAGUUGAAACUUAUGGGAAACCUUCGUUACAUAGUGUAGAUUCAAGUUUGUUCAAAUCAUGACCCCCGGGGGUAGGGUGGGGCCACAAUGGGGGAUCAAAGUUUUACAUAGGAAUACAUAGGAAAAUUCUUUAAAAAUCUUCUUCUCAAGAACAACAAAGCCACAGUUAGUCAUAUUGAUAUGAAAUCAUCCUCAGGUAGUGUAGAUUCAAGUUUGUCCAAAUCAUGACCCCUGGGGGUAGGGUGGGGCCACAAUGGGGGAUCAAAGUUUUACAUAGGAAUAUAUAGGAAAAUUCUUUAAAAAUCUUCUUCUCAAGAACAACAAAGCCACAAUUAGUCAUAUUGAUAUGAAAUCAUCCUCAGGUAGUGUAGAUUCAAGUUUGUCCAAAUCAUGACCCCUGGGGGUAGGGUGGGGCCACAAUGGGGGAUCAAAGUUUUACAUAGGAAUAUAUAGGAAAAUUCUUUAAAAAUCUUCUUCUCAAGAACAACAAAGCCACAAUUAGUCAUAUUGAUAUGAAAUCAUCCUCAGAGUAGUGUAGAUUAAGUUUGUUCAAAUCAUGACCCCCGGGGGUAGGGUGGGUCCACAAUAGGAGAUCAAAGUUUUACAUAGGAAUAUAUAGGAAAAUUCUUUAAAAAUCUUCUUCUCAAGAACAACAAAGCCACAGUUAGUCAUAUUGAUAUGAAAUCAUCCUCAGGUAGUGUAGAUUUAAAUUUGUUCAAAUCAUGACCCCCGGGGGUAGGGUGGGUCCACAAUGGGGGAUCAAAGUUUUACAUAGGAAUAUAUAGGAAAAUUCUUUAAAAAUCUUCUUCUCAAGAACAACAAAGCCACAAUUAGUCAUUUUGAUAUGAAAUCAUCCUCAGGUAAUGUAGAUUCAAGUUUGUUCAAAUCAUGACCCCCGGGGGUAGGGUGGGGCCACAAUGGGGGAUCAAAGUUUUACAUAGGAAUAUAUAGGAAAAUUCUUUAAAAAUCUUCUUCUCAAGAACAACAAAGCCACAAUUAGUCAUAUUGAUAUGGAAUCAUCCUUAGAUAGUGUAGACUCAAAUUUGUCGAAAUCAAGACCCCCAGGGGUAGGGUGGGGCCACAAUGGGGGAUCAAAGUUUUACAUAGGAAUAAAUAGGAAAAAUCUUUUCAAGAACAGGAAAGCCGUGAUUAGUCAUUUUGAUAUUGAAGCAUCCCCAAGUAUUGUAGAUUCAAGUUUGUUCAAGGCAUCCUCCAGUAGUAGGGUGGGGCCAUAAUCGGGGAUCAAAGUUUAACAAAAGAAUAUAUUAUAAGAAAUAUCUUAAAAAGUCUUCUUCUCAAGAACAACAAAGCCAUAAUUAGUCAUAUUGAUAUGGAAGCAUCCUUAGGUAGUGUAGAUUCAAGUUUGUUCAAAUCUUGAACCCCCCUCCCUUCCUCCCCCCCAGGGUAGGAUGGCAGACAUCUUUAAAAUUCCGUUUCAAGAAUAGCAAAACCAUGAUUAGUUAUAUGAAUAUAGAAGCAUCCUCAGAAAGUUUAGAUUCAAUUUCAGUCAAAACAUGGCAACUGGGGAUAGGUUAUGCCUAGAACAGUUGAUCAAAGCUUUACGUAUGAAUAUAUAGAAGAAGAAAUCUGCUGACAAAGAACAGCAGGGCCAUAUUGACUCAGGUGAGCGUUGUGGCCCAUGGGCCUCUUGUUUAAAUUUCACCUUGUACGUUCAGGAUGUGAAUCUCCGUUACCAUUCAAGUGACAAAUCAAAUAUAAUAUUCUUGAUUACAGUCUUCCUAGGUCAAUAUGACAUUUCCUUGAGAAAUCAUACGAAGAAGAAAUUGGAAAUAAUUGUUGCAAUACACAUCAGCAUUAUCUAGUAGACAAAGCCAAAUUUUUGAUGAACGUGUGCUUUGAGUUUAAAAUUCCUGGCAUUUUUUUCUCUUUGUAACAUAGUCACAAAUGAUUCAAUAUGCACAAAUAUAUUAAAGUCUCUUAAAUUUUUCAUAUUAAGUAAUUUUCUACAGAAUAUCAAUUGCUCCUUGAAUUCACCACAGAAGCCUGAGUAUUAGCACUUUGAUGUAUAUAUCUGUUGUACAUAUAUUUAUAUGUAACUUUCUGUCUCUUGUACAAGAUUGACACACUGUAAUUACCUUGCAGUUCCUGUGUGUAGAAUGGUAUUUAUCAGUGUACAACUCUACCUUUUCCAGCCUAUGUAUGAAAUGGAGAGUUAACUAAGAAAGGUGUUUUUGAUAGUAUAUGACGGUAGUUUGAUAAUGUACAUGUACACCUGUACCUUAUGUUGGUGUAUAUAUUUAGAAUGAUUAUCAAGUUUCAACAGAGAAAUAAUAUUUUAUUUAGCAAAAUCAUCAAAACACUGACAUACAGUGUGUGAUCUGAGAACUUUGUGCUUCCUUGAUUAAUAGGUGCUGAAAAAAAAUUAUGUUGGUUUUUUGUCUAACUUUUCUGGACGCCAUAAUAAAGCUUAAAAUUGACUUGUGACACAAUAACACUGAAUAGAAGUCAGCAGGUCAUCUGUGAUAAGUGAAAACCUCAAUCCUCAUGUAUCAAGAAUUUAAUAAUUAUUGUGCAUUCCCCAUCUGUACUGAAAUCAUUGGUUUUACUUUUGUGUGUACCUGUAGGAUUGUGACCUUCUCCUCAGCUUUAUAUGCAGCAACUAUAAAAAAAAAAAACAAUGCUUCUGUGUUGAAAAAAAAAAACAGACUAAAAUUUAAUUUUUUUUUUUUUAAUUUCACAAAACUGUACAAAAAGAAAAAGUGCAUUAGUUAUCCAUAGUAUUUAUAUUACACUUGUGCCUUUAACACCUGCCAUUGAUAAUCCAGCAUCAUUUGAGGCCAGAAGUGCUUUUUUUUUUACACUAGUACUGUGUUAUUUAAACCUUGUAAUAUGCAUGCCAUUUCACUGCUUUUAAUGUCUAGAUCACUUUGUUCACACAAUAGUGUACACAUAUUGUUAUUACAUCAUCUGGCCCUGUCCUCAUACUCAUAGUUCAGAAUUCCACUACACAUUUGAAUUGUUGUAUUAGUGCUUAAACUUUUGUACUUGCAUUUGUAAUCAAAAUCAGUAUCAACUGUACUUUUCAUAUCAGUGAUAUUUUAAAAUAAAUAAAAAUGCUAAUUCAGUAAGCAUAAUUUACAAUCAUGUGUAAAAUAUGUGUAAAAUAUAUAUAGUAGCCUUCAAUACUGCAAUAUGCAAUGAAUUUUAAAACUACAUGUAAUUAACAAGUGUGUAUAGUUACCAGGUAAAUUUCUUCAGCCUAAAAUACAAUAAUUGUAUUUGUAAUGCUUGUCUAGGCUUCGACAACAUUUGUUAGGGAUGUGUAUUAAUGGUAUUUUAUGGACUAUACAUGUAUAUACAUGUAGAAAUCAGAGAUUUUACUUGAUAAAUCACUCUGUGUCUACUAUAUUUCAAGUAAUCAGCAGUAACGGGGCAGAUCAUAAAUCACCACCAGCCUCCUGCCGAUUUAUUUAUUUUGUUUUACUUAAUAUUAGAUUUGAUUUCCUUUGAAUCUCCCAUUGAACUGUGUUUUAAUGAAAAUUAGUGAAUCUCAGCACUAUGUUUCAAACCUUUGUAUAUAUACAUACAAUUAUAUAUGUAACAUUGUAUUUACAUUUUGAUUUUGGUUAACUUUCCCACAGUAGUAGAUUAAUGUGUAAGCUCUAUCAUCUCAGGUUUCCAUUUGUUAUGAUUUUUUUUUAUUCUUUUUUAAUAAAUUGAAUCAUUAAAGUCUUUGCCAAAAAUAAAUUUCAGAAUUUAACUUUUAAAUAUCUUCCUUAAAGACACAUGAGAAAUAAACACUACUCAUGUUUACCGUACAUGUUUCUGUGUUGUGAUUACAUAAUAUUGUUUCAUCCUAGGACAGCAUAUCAGGGAUUGAAUAAUAAAAAUAUCAGCAUUUUCACAUAUAUAUAUAUAUAUAUAUACUUGUACAUGUAAAUACAGCCUUAUGUGUGCUUAAAGUGUGUUUAAUUUUAUCCUUUAGAAAUGAGUCAGUAGACUAUGUUUUUGAUACCCCAUGAUGAAAAUUAAUGUCUUAAGGAAGCUCUAAACACUGCACACGAAAGAGUUCAAUUUGUAGGGUAGUUUUAUUGAGUUAGAGUGAUCUGCCCUUAGAAGAAAACUAGAAUAAAUGGGAAUCUACAGUUAAUGACACAAUUUCUUAUGAAUUAAAGUAUUCUAAAUGUUAUGUUAGACCAAUAUUAAGUAAUUAAAUACAUUAUUUCUAUUAAUUGUCCCGAUGGAAGUAAACAACAGUGAUUUCUGUUCACAAAUAGUUCAUUGUCUUUGAACAUUUUUUCUGCAAAAGUAAGGCAGGUACCCUUUGUUGAAAAUGAACUAGAUACACUGAAUAUGUGCACCUUUAUAUGAUAUAUUUUUUUCAAAGUCCAAAAAGCAUUUUUCAUUAGUGUUUAGAGCUUCCUUAAAGAUAAUGAUUUUAAAACUGGAUUGUGGGAUAUGCUUACCCAUAUACAUGUAAAGAAUUUUGUUUUCCUUUUUAUUUCCUCUUGUCUGUUGAUAUGACUUGUAUCUGAAAUUCUUUUACUCAAAGAUUGAAAUUGUGCAUGUAUAUAUACUUCGUAUGCUUUUGUUUUGUUGUAUUCUUUUUCUAAAACAGGGAAAUGACAUUACUAAUAUAUAUAUUUAUUUUAAUGAAGUGUAAGUUGUAGUGAGACAUGAACUUCAGCAAGAACUUAAUGGUGCUUUUAAAUUUUACAGAACAAUAAGAUUUUUAUGUCCUGACAUAUGCAGUACACUAUGAAAUCUGUUUAUUUGGUAUGUGUAUCAAAAUUAUCAGCUUGUUUGGGAAUUAAUCGAAAGAAUUUCAUAUUUAUUAUAAUGCAUAAUAUCAUGUGGAUUUUUUCUCUAGAAUGUUAUUUUUAUAAUUUUAUUUUACAUCUGUCCAAAUUUUGAUAUUUAAUUAAAUUGUUACAACUCUAGUAGUUCCUACUGAAUUUCAGUGGUUUUAAUGGAGUGAUGUCCUAUUCAGGUCUCUAUACAUAAUAAUUAAGCACACUGAAAUAGAACCUAGGAUAGGUGCCAUUUUCUAAAAUAUAACAUGAUUGUAAUUUCUAGAAAUAUUUGCCAUAGCUUUGCAUCACCUAAUAUAUACCCAACAGUUGUAUAACUUUCACAAUGACUGUGUCUGCAGACAGUUGAAAUGGAGCAGUGUUUUAUGUUCAUCAAGUCUUGUUAAACUGUUUUAACUGCUGUCUAUUAAAAGUCAAGAUUUUAUAAGGACAUUUUGCCAUUAAACUGCAUAUUUAUCCAA